AUGAGAAAACGACUGGCCAUUGACCUCACCCUGACUUUGUUUUUAUACGACGUGCAGGGAGAAACCCCUUGCUUGCUCUCACCAGCCCUGUUCCGGUCACGGGUGAUCCCGGUGCUCCUGCAGCUCUUCGAGGUCCACGAGGAGCAUGUGCAGAUGGUGCUGCUCUCCCACAUCGAGGCCUACGUGGAGCACUUCACCCACGAGCAGCUCAAGAAGGUCAUCUUGCCACAGGCGUUACUGGGCCUGCGAGACACCAGUGAUUCCAUCGUGGCGAUUACCCUUCACAGCCUCGCAGUUUUGGUCUCUCUGCUUGGACCCGAGGUAGUUGUAGGUGGAACUAAGAUCUUGAAACAAAUUGCCCCAAGUUUUACUAAAACGAUUGACCUUUCUCCAGAAGGAGAUCAGCUUUCCAUGAAUGGAAUCUCAGAUGUGAAAAAUGCUCCAGAGGAUAGUGACAAUUGCCCAUCAGGUUCUAAGAAGUCUGAGGAGUGGCCUGACUGGAGUGAGCCAGAGGACCCAACUGAGGGCACACAGAUGUGGCCGGGAGAAGCACACGACGGGGCAGGGUCCCGGUGUCCUGGUGUGGCUGUGGAGUCCCCCUGUGAGCCCAGCAGUGGAGAGGCGGAAUCAAACCCGGGCGUUGGCAUCUCUGCUCCAGGACCGGUUAGCCCAGGGGGCCAGUCGCCUGUUCCUGCUUCACUGUCACUCACUGAAGAGUCGAAGACCCGGAAAUCAAGUCUACCCCAAGAGACCAGUCUAGUUCCAAGUGGGGGUGACCCAAACCAAAUGCAGCUACCCAGAGUGUUGUCACAGGAAAGGCCACUGAGGAUGCCAUCGGAACUUGGUUUGGGAGAGGAGUUUACCAUUCAGGUGAAAAAGAAGCCAGUUCUGGACCCCGAGGUGGACUGGUUUGCUGAUAUGACCCCUGACAUUAAGCCUUCAGCGGCUUUGCUUAUUUCACCUGAACUGAGGACAGCAAUGAUGGUCCCUGACAAGGAUGAUGCCUCACCAGUAAGCCAGUUUUCCUCCAAAUUUGCUGCAGCAGAAAUAACUGAGGGGGUAGCGGAAGGCUGGGGAGAAGAAGGGGAGCUGAACUGGGAAGACAAUAGCUGGUGAC